GCCAUAAGUGAGUUGUUGAACAUUGACACCAUUGUCGAUCCCCGUCAUCCAGCAUGGCGACGGUCUUAGUUGCAAAUAACCAAGACAAUUUGGAUCGAAUCUUUCUGGAACUAAAAUCAAAGUAUGAAGAAAGAAGAUUAACAGCUGCUGAAGAUUUACGAGAUGCUGUUGCCACAGCUGCUCGUGAACAGCCUGAGGAAAACUUGACAAGAAUCAUUUCAGACAUCAAUCCACGCAUCUUUCAACUUAUUCAGAGCAGCGAUAACCAUGAAAAGCUCGGUGCCAUCGUCGCUAUAGACAAAUUGAUCGACCUUGAACCUGAGAGAAAUGCAGAUCGGUUCAAUAAUUAUCUUUCAUCCGUCCUUCCUUACAAUGACUCUUCUGUCAUGAUUCCUGCUGCUCGUGUCCUCGGACGCUUGGCCACCAGUCAAUCUACCUUCACCGCAGAUCUCGUUGAUGGUCAAGUUGAACGUGCAUUGGAAUGGUUGCAAGGUGAUCGAAGUCGAUUAGCAGCUGUGCUCGUUCUAAGAGAAUUAGCCAUCAAUUCACCCACUUUAAUAUACGCCAGUGUUCCACGUAUCCUCGACUUGGUAUGGAUCGCUAUCAGAGAUUCUAGACAACUUAUUCGAGAAACUGCAGCAGAAUGUUUGAGUCAGUGUUUGGAGAUUAUUCAACAAAGAGAAAGCCCUCAGCGACGAGCCUGGUAUCACCGCAUCUGGGAAGAAAUCACCAAAGGCUUGAAGCUGAACAGCGCAGACGCUACCCACGGUAGUUUACUUGCUAUGCGCGAGUUACUACUUCAUGCUGGAAUGUUCAUGACGGACAUGUACAGAGAUGUGUGUGAGAUCGCUCUUAGACUCAAGGAUUCAAGAGAUCAGCUGAUCCGCAAAACGGUUGUCUCCAUAUUACCUACUCUUGCGCGAUACGAUCCCUCCGUAUUUAUGGAAGAUUAUUUGCAUCGUUGUAUGAACCACCUGCUGAGUUUGCUGAAAAAAGAAAAAGAUAGGAAAGACGCUUUCAUUGCCAUUGGUAAUAUCGCGGUUGAAGUAAAAAGCAGCAUGAGCCCUUAUUUGGAUGCAAUUUUAAUGCACAUUAGAGAAACCCUGGCUGUUAGAAGUCGCCAGCGAAAAGAUAUUGAACCAGCUGUGUUUAUGUGCAUUAGCAUGCUUGCUGUCGCUGUAGGACAAGCCUUGACUCGAUACAUGCAUGAACUAUUGGACCUCAUGUUCAACUGUGGUUUAUCAGAACCCCUUGUUCAAGCAAUGAAGAGCUUAGCUGAAAAUAUUAAACCGCUGCUGCCCACCAUUCAAGAUCGCCUGCUGAAUGUUAUUUCCAUGACCCUCAGUGGUCAGCCUUAUAGAGCCCCUGGUGCACCGGCUUCUAGGAAUACAGCGCAAACUUUAGAAAGACCCAUACGGGAUGCCACCACUGGCGAUACAAAAGAUGUUGAAACAAUCGUCCUAGCCUUGACCACAUUGGGAUUGUUCGAUUUCACCAACCACGUCUUGAACGAAUUCGUUCGAGAUUGUAUUGUUACCUAUUUGGAAGACGAUGUAGCUGACAUUCGCAAGGCUGCAGCAGUAACGUGUUGCCAACUCUUUGUGCGCGAUCCCAUCUGCAAUCAGACGAGCGUGCAUGCCAUCAAAGUAGUCGGAGAGGUUUUGGAAAUGCUCUUGAUUGUUGGUAUUGCUGAUCUGGAUCCAAGUAUCCGCCAAACCGUACUUUCUUCACUGGAUGAACGUUUCGAUCGUCAUCUUGCCCAAGCCGACAAUGUUCGAACCCUGUUCAUUGCUCUCAACGAUGAAGUCUUUGCUAUUCGGGAGAUUGCGAUCACCAUUAUCGGAAGACUGACAGCUUACAACCCAGCAUACGUUAUGCCGUCUUUGCGAAAAACGUUGAUUCAGCUCUUGACUGAUUUAGAAUACUCUGUGAAUGGACGAAACAAAGAAGAAUCUGCCAGAUUAUUGUGUUUGCUCGUUUCAGCCGCCCAACGCUUGAUCAAACCUUACGUGGAACCCAUUCUCAAGGUCCUGCUUCCCAAUGCACGAGAUCCCUCCACCGGUGUGGCAUCUUCUGUAUUAGCUGCCUUAGGCGAACUUUCAGAGGUGGCUGGGGAUGACAUGAUACCUCAUUUAGAGGAGAUGAUGCCUCUCAUUAUAGAUACCCUUCAGGAUCAAAGCUCCAGUAUUAAACGUGAUGCCGCACUCAAAACGCUGGGACAGUUGGCUAGCAGCACUGGUUUUGUCAUUGAACCAUAUGCCAAAUAUCCUCAACUGCUCAACAUUUUGAUCUCCAUCCUCAAGACUGAGCAAAGUGCAGAUAUUAGACGUGAGACGGUAAAGCUGAUGGGUAUUCUUGGUGCUCUUGAUCCAUAUCGUAACAAAACCAAUACAGUUAGCGGUAAUGACGAUUCCUUGGUCGACCCAUCUUUGGCCAGCAACGAUGUGACACUGUUGAUGAUGGGUGUUGGCCCGUCAUCCGAUGAUUACUACCCUCAAGUGGUGAUCCAUUCACUUAUGAAGAUUCUUAGAGAUCCAUCCUUAAGUUCUCACCAUCACGCUGUCAUUCAAGCUAUCAUGUCCAUUUUCAAAACGUUGGGACUUCGUAUCGUCCAGUUUUUACCGUUGAUUAUCCCUGGCUUCUUGUCCAUUAUGCGCUCAUGCACCACUGGCAUGCUGGAUUUCUAUUUCCAUGAACUCGGUAACCUGGUUAGCAUUGUUAAACAGCAUAUUCGAAACUACUUGAACGAUAUCUUUGAGCUUGUCGAUAACUACUGGACGCCUGUCUCUAAUAUCCAAAUCACCAUCAUCGCCUUGAUCGAAGCCAUUGCCAAGGCCCUAGAUGGAGAGUUCAAAGUCUAUCUUCCACGCCUUCUUCCUCAUAUGCUUCUCAUCUUUGACAACGAUACCUCCGAAAGAAGACAGGCAACUCUGAAGGUGCUGCAUGCGUUCAUCACUUUUGGUCCCAAUAUCGAAGAGUAUCUACAUCUUGUGAUUCCGGCUGUGGUUCGCUUCUUUGAGAAACCAGACGCACCACAGAUGUUAAGAAGACAAGCUAUUCUCACCAUUACCGCACUCUGCAAAAAAGUCAGUAUGGCGGAUUAUGCGUCAAGAAUCAUCCAUCCUCUUACGCGCGUCAUCCCGAGUCUACCUCACGAUACCCGAAAUGCCGCCAUGGAGCUGCUCUGUGCUUUGAUUUUCCAAAUGAGAACGGACUUUGCCAAAUUUAUUCCCAUCAUCAACAAAGUAUUGACUCGAUACAAAGUUAGUCAUCACAAUUACGAACUGCUGGUGAACAAAUUGUUGAAAGGAGAGAACCUUCCUCAAGAAUUAGGAAAAGGUUUGGACGAUAGAGAAACCAAAAACGAAGAUAUCAUUUCGGCUGAUACGAGUGCGGCUAAAAAGCAACCUGUUAACCAGCAGCAUUUGAAGAAAGCAUGGGAAGCAUCGCAAAGAUCCACCAAGGAAGACUGGACUGAAUGGAUGCGACGUCUCAGCGUUGAAUUGUUGAAGGAAUCCCCCUCUAAUGCUCUUAGGGCGUGCUAUCAUCUUGCUAGUGUGUAUACACCACUUGCUCGAGAGUUGUUCAAUGCAGCAUUUGUAUCUUGUUGGAGCGAACUUUAUGAUCAAUAUCAGGAAGAAUUGGUUAAAUCACUUGAAGUAGCUUUGAAAUCUCCCAAUAUACCACCCGAGAUUGUUCAAGUGCUCUUGAAUUUAGCCGAGUUUAUGGAGCACGAUAACAAGUCACUGCCCAUCGAUAUUCGAACCCUUGGUUACUAUGCACAACGCUGUCAUGCUUAUGCAAAAGCAUUGCAUUACAAGGAAACCGAAUUCCAUCAAGAGCAGUCUUUUGACGCAAUUAAAAGCUUGAUGACUAUCAAUAACUUUUUACAGCAACCUGAUGCAGCACUUGGUAUCCUUACCUUUGCCCAGGCUGGUCUCAGAAACGAAAACAUGGUGUCUUGGUAUGAAAAGUUGCACCGUUACCAAGAUGCCUUGGACGCGUAUGAGCGACAGCAACUAGAGAAGCCGAAUGAUAUGGAAAUCACACUAGGUAGAAUGCGCUGUCUUCAUGCUCUAGGAGAAUGGGAUCGCCUUUCAUCGUUGGCACAAGAAAAAUGGGUUCAUUCACCCGUGGAGAACCGCAAGAGAAUGGCAACGUUUGCAGCUGCCGCCGCUUGGGGUCUCGGCCUAUGGGACCAAAUGGACGAAUACAUUGCACUUCUAGUACCAGAAAGCCCAGACAGAGCAUUCUUCCGCGCUGUGCUUGCUGUCCAUCGCAACCGAUUUACCGACGCCGAAAAGUUCAUCAAUCGUACCAGAGAUUUGCUCGAUACGGAAAUGACGGCUCUGCUGGGAGAAAGUUACAACAGAGCCUAUACUACGAUUGUUCGAGUUCAGAUGUUGGCUGAAUUGGAGGAGAUGAUCACUUAUAAGCAAUCAUCGAGUGAUCCGGAGAGACAACUUUCCAUUCGAAAGACGUGGAUGAAACGCUUGAAUGGAUGUCAACGUAAUGUAGAGGUAUGGCAACGCAUCUUACGAGUACGCGCCAUGGUUGUUUCUCCGCAGGACGACAUGGACAUGUGGAUCAAGUUCGCCAAUUUGUGUCGCAAGAGUGGUCGAUUGUCUCUAUCUGACAAAACCCUCAAGAGUCUCAUGGUCAUUGACCGUGAUCAUAAUGGUAUGACCAGUAACCCACAUCCAAAGGUGGUGUAUGCUCACUUGAAGCAUAUGUGGGCAUCUGCCUCUCAAGCUAGUAAUGAAGAUCAGGCCAACCAAAUCCGCCACCAUACCCUCAAUGUCCUUCGUGACUUUACCGUCCAAAAGACACAAGACCUUGGUCUCAAUCCUGAUGAGAUGGCUGUAUCGCUUCCCAUUGACCCAAGUCGAAUUAAUGAGGAUAUUGCUGAGUAUACCAACUUGCUUGCACGAUGCUAUCUCAAACAAGGUGAAUGGCAACGGGCCCUCAACGAUGACCUUGUUGAAGACACCUUCCCUGAUAUUUUGAGAUCGCUUCUGCUUGCCACUCGAUUUGACCAAAACUGGUACAAGGCUUGGCAUACCUGGGCAUUGGCCAACUUUGAAGUCAUCAAUCAUUAUGAAUCGAUUCAUGGAGAAAACAUGCCAAAUAAUGUUGUGGAGCAGCAUAUUGUGCCUGCCGUCCAAGGAUUUUUCUGGUCUAUUGCCCUGUCUAAAGAAAACUCGUUGCAGGAUACUCUACGACUGUUGACUCUAUGGUUCAAAUAUGCCUACCAUCCCGAUGUCAGCUCUGCAAUCAACGAAGGAUUUGAUAACAUUAGUAUUGACAUCUGGCUCCAAGUCAUUCCUCAACUCAUUGCUCGUACACACGCACCUAACCCUAAUGUUAGACGACUGAUCCACCAACUUCUUACCGAGAUUGGCAAAGUGCAUCCACAAGCCUUGGUAUACUCGCUUACAGUGGCCUCCAAGUCACAGAGCAUUUCUCGCAAGCGAGCGACGUUUGCCAUUAUGGAUAGGAUGCGCAUUCACAGCGCCAAACUUGUGGAUCAAGCGUUAUUGGUCAGUCAAGAACUUAUUCGAGUUGCUAUUCUUUGGCAUGAAAUGUGGCAUGAAGGUCUUGAGGAAGCGUCUCGACUCUAUUUCGGUGAUAGCAACAUUGAGGCUAUGUUUAGUACUUUGGAACCCUUGCAUAACAUGUUAGAUAGGGGCCCAGAAACGGUACGAGAAGAAUCUUUCCACCAAGCGUUUGGGCGCGAUCUGAAGGAAGCCCAAGAGUGGUGCAAACGAUACAGAGAAUCGCAAGAUCAGAACAAUUUAAAUCAAGCAUGGGAACUCUAUUACCAGGUCUUCCGUCGUAUCAGCAAACAGCUGCCACAACUUAACAAUUUGGAAUUGCAAUAUAUCUCACCCAAGCUUUUGGAGGCACAUGAUCUCGACUUGUGCAUGCCUGGAUUUUAUCGUGCUGGCGAGCCUAUUGUUCGCAUUGCCAAGUUCCACACCAACCUGUCUGUCAUUGCAUCUAAACAACGACCUAGACGACUCACCAUCAUUGGUAGUGAUGGCAAGGAUUACACUUAUUUGCUCAAGGGUCAUGAAGAUUUACGACAGGACGAACGUGUGAUGCAACUUUUUGGUUUGGUGAAUACCUUGUUGUCCAACGACCCAGAAACAUUCAAGCGCCAUCUCAAUAUCCAGCGUAUGUCUGCCAUUCCUCUAUCACCCAACUCUGGUCUCAUUGGAUGGGUUCCCGAUACCGACACUUUACAUUCGUUGAUCAGAGACUACCGUGAAAGCCGAAAAAUUCUACUCAACAUUGAACAUCGACUUAUGCUACAGAUGGCACCGGAUUAUGAUAAUCUUACAUUACUCCAGAAGGUGGAAGUUUUCCAAUUUGCAUUUGAUAAGACCAGUGGUCAGGACUUGUACCGUGUGCUGUGGUUAAAGAGUAGGAAUUCAGAAGCAUGGUUGGAUCGCCGUACCACGUUUACACGUUCUUUGGCUGUUAUGUCCAUGGUGGGUUAUGUCCUUGGUCUUGGUGAUAGACAUCCUUCCAAUCUUAUGCUGGAUAGAAUUACUGGCAAGAUAGUGCAUAUUGACUUUGGUGACUGUUUCGAGGUUGCUAUGCAUCGCGAAAAAUUCCCUGAAAAAAUCCCAUUCCGUCUGACGAGAAUGCUGGUCAAGGCUAUGGAAGUCAGCGGUGUGGAAGGCACAUUCCGUAUAACGUGUCAGCAUGUUAUGCGGGUAUUACGCGAUAACAAGGAGAGUUUGAUGGCUGUUCUCGAAGCCUUUGUGUACGACCCUCUGUUCAACUGGAGAUUGACCCACACUCUUAACCCUAGUCCUAGACAAGCCACCGUUGAUAGAAACAGAAGUGUAGAUCAACUCCACAUGGAUGAGAUGGAAGGAGAGCACCAUGGAUUUUCCGUUAGUCGCCGUCAAAGUCGACAAGAAAUCGAGGCAGCAGCAAGUGAAGAAGCGGCCGGAGCACCUGAGAUUCUCAAUACUAGAGCUGUGGAUGUCAUUCACCGUGUAUCCAACAAGCUUAGUGGAAAAGAUUUCUUGCCUUCACAGACACUGGAUGUCCCAACGCAAGUCGACAGGCUCAUACAACAAGCUACUUCUCUGGAGAAUUUGUGCCAGUGCUAUGUUGGAUGGUACGUUGUAUUGCUAUGUAUGUGAUGAAUCAUCCAGUGAGAUCCCCUCCCCUGACUUUUUUGUUCUUCCUUUUAGGUGUGCUUUCUGGUAGAUGUCAAGUUUCGAUACCAUGGACCAAAACCCUGUAGUUGCUUUUAUCCAUGCCCUUCCUUCUUUUUUUUUUUUUUCAUUAUUAUUAUUAUUUUUGGUUAUGGAGCCAAUCCCGUUCGUGUAUAUAUAAAAUUCAAUUUACACACUAUACCUUUGCGUGGAAUAGCAUGGCCGUUGGAAGAUCGCGGCCGGCGACAUUUGAGUCGAUCAGUUAGACGCAUUUCACUGAAAGUUUAACCAUUCACCAUAAAGCUGGUUUUCUGGCACAAAUACCAGGUAAAUCAGUCUUUAUUAUUAAGCUGAUCUUCCCCGCGCUUAAUACAAAUCCCGUUCGACUAACUUGUUAAAAAUGUUAAGAAGGUGCUGACCAAGGGGGAUCAUAGUGAGCUUUCU